ACUACAGUAUGAAUGGCGAAAAAAUAGCUUUAUUCUAUGAACCAAAUUUGGUCGCUAUCCAUACUACAAUAAAUCCAAUGAGAACACUGCCUAUCAAUGGCGGCACACCUCAGAAUCUAACCGACGCACAGAUUGAAUUACAUCUCAAUAUUUCCGAAUAUAAUAUUACCAGCGUACUUCCCGAAAAUGCUAGCGGCCUUGCAAUAAUAGACUUUGAAGAAUGGCGACCUUUGUUUAGGCAAAACAGUAACAAGAAAA